AUGAGUUUGGUUAAAAAAACUUUUCAUGCUGCUAUAAAAUUGAGUAUCAGGAGUUAUUGUGUAAAAACCUCUAUUUGGAAAGCACCGAAAAUACUUAUAACCGGAGGCUUGGGGCAACUUGGCGUCGAAUGUGCUAAACAUCUUCGAAGAAAAUAUGGCAGAGAUAAUGUGAUACUUUCGGAUAUCAUAAAACCUUCGACGGAAAUAUUCAACGACGGACCGUACAUAUUCGCCGACAUUUUAGAUUUUAAAGGGCUCCAAAAAAUCGUUGUGGACCACAGAGUGGAAUGGUUGAUACAUUUUUCAGCCCUACUUAGUGCCAUCGGGGAACAAAAUGUACCACUAGCCGUGCGAGUUAAUAUAGAAGGAAUGCACAACGUCAUCGAACUCGCCAAACAGUAUAAGCUUAGAAUAUUCGUUCCGAGCACCAUCGGGGCCUUUGGACCUGAUUCACCCAGAAACCCGACGCCCAACAUCACAGUGCAAAGACCGAGAACUAUUUAUGGUGUUUCAAAGGUGCACGCCGAGUUAUUAGGGGAAUAUUACCAUUACAAAUUCGGCUUAGACUUCCGUUGUCUCAGAUUUCCCGGAGUAAUCUCCAGUGACCCACCUGGUGGUGGCACUACAGAUUACGCGAUCGCGAUAUUCCACGACGUACUUCGAAAAGGUCACUACGACUGUUAUCUGAAGCCUGACACCAGAUUGCCAAUGAUGCACGUCAGAGACGCCCUGAGGGCUCUUUCCGAAUACCUAGAGGCACCAAACGAGAUCCUCAACAGAAGAGUCUACAAUGUGACUUCGAUGAGUUUUACCCCAGAAGAAUUAGCCGAUGAGAUGUUCAAACAUAUACCCGAAUUUACGAUUUCGUACAAACCUGACAGCCGACAAAACAUUGCGGAUUCAUGGCCUCAAGUAUUCGAUGACACUGAAGCGCAGCGUGAUUGGAAUUGGAAGCCAGAAGUUAAUUUAGACAGUCUGGUGAAACUAAUGCUUAAGGAAGUUAAAGAGAAAAUUAUCUCUAAUGGAUGU